CUGUUGCAUCAGUUCCUGGGCACACACUGCUCCUUUCGUGCCCUCGUCAGUCAUUGGACCUGGCGAGGGUUUUGUGUACUCGCUAUUGUUCUGAUAUGUACAGGGGAGCCCAUUCUGCUCCACACGCCAGUACUGGGAUGUAUCAGAAUCCCAAACCCACAGGGGAACCCUAUACAAUUCAGCAAGUCUCCUUUGUACUGACCCAUUAGGGCACAUGAUAUCAGUUACCCCACGUGUGGGUACAGUUGGUUUUGUGACACAUCUAUUUAAUGACAUUAUGGUGCCAUGUUUGCCCAGCUUUAUUGUCUCUUCCAGAAAGCCACACCAUAAACUGGUCACUGACCUGCUCUUAUCUCUCCUCCCUUCCUUAUUCCCAGAACCUUCAUUUAUAAUAAAUAACCAUCUUUUAUGGUUUUUACCUGCAGCCGUUGCUAACGCCUCCCCUUCUUGUGACUCACUUGAGUGUUGCCACACGAUUCCCAGGGCUUUUAUAGGACCCUCUUCUGACUUCAUCCUGGAACCAUUUCACCUGCAUCUACUGAUUACCUCAUUGUGACUCAACUCUCAGGCCGUGACACACAACUGCCCAGCACUCUUAAGACCUCCACCCUAGUGAGGACUUCUUGGAACUGCACCCAAACCCCAACAGGCCAUUAUGCACGAGGAGGUGAAGCUGGGGGCAGCUUACAUUGUAAGACUGCUGAACCGCCAUCAGAAGCUGGACAGUGAGCAAGUGGAAAGGUUUACUCAGACACUUACCUCUAUGCUUUGUGACAAGUUUGAAGGACACUGGUACCCAGAUUCCCCACAAAAGGGACAGGCCUACAGAUGCAUCCGAAUAGAACAGAGCCACCCUGUGGAUGAAACGGUAUUGCAGGCCUGUGUUCAGAGUGGGCUACGAUACUCCCAGCUUGCUCUGCCUAGAGACAUGUCCCUCUGGAUCGACCCCGAAGAAGUCAGCUGUCGGCUGGGGGAGAGCUGCCGACCAUUUAUUGUGAAAGCCCCAGAAGACCAGAAGAUCUCCAAAUCCCAGUCCCCGGACCCAGAGACGUCAGACUAUCAUUCAGACGGCUCCGACACAACAGGGCCGCCAUCGGAGAGCUCCAGCGAGGAUGAGGAGCAAGGGGGCAACAAGAAAACAACAAGCACUUGCCAAGCAGUCACCAAAAAAUUGGGCACUCAGUUUUAUUACAACCCUUCUCCAGCAUCCCCUGUUUACUACCAGUACCCUAGGAAUACCGUCAGCCUCAUCCCUGCCUUUCAGCCUGUCGCCUUGUAUUAUUUCAUCCCAAAACCUACAAAGAUUUAUCCCAGUGGCAGGUCCAAAGGAAAUCACCAGAAAUGGAAAUGCACCGGGACUGUUCCUCUGCAAAGCACAGCCUAAAAGAAAAGCAAAUCUAAGCAAGCUGCAGUUCCACUGGAGACCUCUGGGUUGUGCCCUUUUGUUUUUAGCUGGAAGUCUAUCAAGAGCUGCUCUUGGUUUUUCAGAAGCAAAACUCGUUUCUGCGGAAUUCUCAGGGAGAAACUGUUACAUAUGAGCCACAUUUGUUUUUAUUUCUUUAUUUUUUUGCCGUCACUGUGGUGUGCGAAUGGAAUGUGGGUGCAACAUUCCAGGAUCCCCCGGUUAGGGGCCACACCGUUGCCAAUGCAUAUCCUUACGGCCUGGUGCCCUAUCAUUGUCACAUUCUUUUAUAGGUUUUUCUUUGGUGUUAGUGAAAUUCUAAAAUGGUUAUUUGCUUUGUAUAUGGGCAAGUUUGCUGCCAGGCAGAUUCUACGCCCAGGUGUGGUGCUCGGAGCCAGGUAUUGGAGUUAUCCACCAAAGUAGGCACAGUGAGUUGGUUAUGCAGCUCUUAUGACCAAGUUGGCCGGUUAUGGGCCUGUGUAUGAGGUCUGUUUGGCCAAUAUCUGUCAGACAUGUACGCCCCAACUGGGUCAUAAGGAAUGUCAAUCCUGCAGUGCUGGAGCUCUAGCUAAACUACAACUGAUCAUACCCUAGCUAGCUGGGAAUGCUGGGAGCUAACACCUUGCCCUGAUGCCCAUGCCAAGAGAUAGGCGCUGCUUCCUGCAGGGCCCAAUAGAAUGCCCAGUAGAAUCCCAGCAAACUACUAAUCUCCUGGUAUUAGAAUAACAGCUUCGUUAGUAUCAUUAUCAUUCCUUCUGUUGUUUAUUUGCUGCUACUGAUAACGAGCCUGAACCCCCAGGCUGCUCUCCUCACUUUAUAUUUAUAUGGUAACUGGCCUUUUGCUAUUAUUUAUAGUCUUUUAUUUAAUUAACCCUGUGCACGGGGCUCAAUCACACUGAUCUCAUAUUGGCCCAGUAGCUCUUCUCACCCUACAAUGAGGCUGCCUGAGGAUGCUGGGAAAUGUAGUGUAGCAACCAUUAGUCGCUCCUGUUCUAAAUACCUUAUUGUAAUAUAUAUAUAUAUAUAUAGAGAUAUCUUCCCAGAACUUUUACUGACCUCACUCCUCUAACGUGACUCGUUACUGUAUUAUUUAUAAUUAGCCCCAAGUGAACUUUCCUGUUUGUUGGGUGACGGUGUUUUUGUAUUUGUAUUUCCCUGCCACAUUUUAUUCCACGUAGCGCUCAUACAGAGGGCGUUACCUAUUGUAAAGCACAUUCCUUCCUCUGUACAUAAUAAUAAUAUUAAUAUAUUGCUACUGAUUCCGUGAUUCGCCGCACCAAAAACACCCGGUGUUAAUGGAGAAUACCCUUAGCCGAGGCAAGCAAUAUGGCAGCUCCUGUAGCCUUAUCAUGCAAAUAUGACCCAGGGUGGGGAUGGGGGUAAAACCCGGUUGAUUAUAAUGUUAAACAUAUGGGCAGUUAUUCUCUGAGUUGGAUAUGUUUGCUGUGCAAUAUUGGCAGGGCUUAGUAUUAAUACUCCGUUAGCCUAGUAUUAAUACCCUCCAUGUUCCAAGGUUCUCAAAUAACCCCCCCGUGUUUUUUGUACAUUGUUAUAUAUUUUUUACUGUUGUGUUUUUUUUACAUUAAUAAGAAAGUUUUGUAACAAAGUAAUUUUAUAAUUUAUACAAUUAUUAUAUAAAUAUAUAAAGCAUCCAA